GGCAACACUGGUAGCUAAAUGUCAUAUAAAGAGAAAUCCAAUUAGAAGUGGUAGCAGCAGCAGAACUCAAAGCAGAGAUAUCAAAUUCGACGUCCAGAGUUUUUUCUCCGUAGGAUUGACACGAAUCAUACAUGCACUCAAAAGAAAAAAAAGCGGAGAGAAGCUGAAACAUAAAUUGGAAAAAUCGAAAGAGGAAAAUUUUAGCGCAAGAGAAACUGUGAAGAUUAAUUUUUGGGUCUAAUCAACUUCGCGAAGUGAUUUAAAAAAAAUAUUGGAUGAAUUGAUUGCGAAAAGUUGCUGUUGAAAAGAAAAUACCAAUUGAAUUGUUGUGCAAAAGCCGAAACCAGUUGGGUGGAAAAAGAUUAAAAUCAGAGACCAAAAGAAAAUAUAGUGUAAACGAAAGAGUAAACGGAAUAUUGAACAAACAGUAAUAAUAGUUGUCAAUCAGUGAGCAUCAGCCCAACAUCGAUUUCAGCUCUAAUUUUGAAUAUUUUAACUACAUCUAAGAAUUCCAUCCGCAGUUUCCAACAUUUGCUAAUACAGCACCACCGAAGCGCACAGCAAAUUCAAAAGCGUCAGCAUCAUGACUAUGGCAGGGCAGACCAUCAACGAUCGGCUAUUAGCAGCGCGACAUAGCUUGGCCGGUCAAGGUUUGGCCAAGUCGGUUUGUAAAGCAACCACAGAGGAGUGCAUCGGACCCAAGAAGAAGCAUUUGGAUUAUUUGGUGCAUUGUACAAAUGAACCGAAUGUCUCUAUACCUCAUUUGGCCAAUUUACUUAUCGAACGCUCACAAAAUACCAAUUGGGUGGUGGUUUACAAAGCGCUGAUAACGACCCAUCAUUUGAUGGCAUAUGGAAACGAGCGAUUCAUGCAGUAUUUAGCAUCCAGUAAUUCUACAUUUAAUCUCAGCAAUUUUCUGGACAAAGGGGGCGUGCAAGAUGGCUUAUCGGCACCGGGUGGCAGAAUGGGCUACGAUAUGUCUCCGUUCAUACGACGCUAUGCUAAAUACUUGAAUGAAAAGUCGCUUUCAUAUCGUGCAAUGGCUUUUGAUUUUUGUAAAGUAAAACGCGGCAAAGAGGAAGGUUCUUUACGCACUAUGAACGCCGAUAAGUUGCUGAAAACAUUACCUGUACUUCAAGGACAAUUGGAUGGUUUGUUGGAAUUCGAUUGCCAGGCUAAUGAUUUGAGCAAUGGUGUCAUCAAUAUGAGCUUUAUGCUGCUCUUCCGCGACUUGAUACGUUUGUUUGCGUGCUACAAUGAUGGGAUUAUUAAUUUACUCGAGAAAUAUUUUGAUAUGAAUAAGAAACAUGCACGUGACGCUCUCGAUUUGUAUAAAAAGUUUUUGGUGCGCAUGGAUCGAGUCGGUGAAUUUCUUAAAGUUGCUGAGAAUGUUGGCAUUGAUAAAGGCGAUAUACCUGACUUGACAAAAGCUCCCAGUUCUCUAUUGGAUGCUUUGGAGCAACACUUGGCCACUUUGGAAGGACGCAAAGUAUCUGCUGCUAAUACACCCACUCAAUCAGCAAGCAAUCAAAAAAAUGUAAAAUCUGCUGUGACCGCCUUAUCUUCCACCAGCUCUUCAUUCGGGACAGCAGCAGCAUCAAGCAAAUUCGAUACGACCAAUGGCAUCGAUGAGCAAUUGAAAGCUCAGGUAUUGGCUGAAGAAGAAGCCGCCAUGAAUCAGUAUAAACAAUCUAAGGUUUCUUCACCUACCGCAGGUGGUGGUGGCGCUGGUGCCGGUGCUGCAUUAACAAAUCCAUUCUUAUCGUCGCCGCCAGCCAGCGGUGCUGGGGCACCGAUAGUCGAUCUGUUUGGUGCAACUCCGGCAACGGCUGCCGGUGCGGCUGCUGCCACCAGUGGAAGCGGUGCUGCAGGCGGCACAAAAGCAUCCGAUGACUUGUUACAAUUGGGAAAUCCAUUUGCUGAUAUGUUUGAUGCUCCAAUUGCAGGAGUUGGUGCUGGCGGAGGUGUAGCUGCGACAACAGGUGGUGCACAAAAUGCCAAUAAUAUUUGGAUGAAUAAUAAUGGUUUCGGUGGUGCUCCUUCAGCAGCCGCAAAUGCAUUUGUGUCUGAUAGUAAUUUUUCGUCUGUUUUUGGUAAUACGGAACCAACCGCCUUGCCAAACCCGUUCUUCGACACGAUGGAGGCGCCAUUUAAUGCGCAGCAACAACAGCAUCAGUCAGCGAUAUUCUCCAACACAUCAGCAAACGCCGCUUUUAUGGCGCAAGGAGCAACUGGCGCUCAAACGCUUUUUCUGAAUACAACCUCUACUGUGGCACCGACGCCACAGCAAUUCCCACCAGGCUUUGAUGCACUGGGUGAUGUACUCAAACCGGGCAUCACAUCCACACAUCCAGCCGCAGCCAAUCAAACAAAUAUUGUCAAUACAGGUGUCCUUGGUAUGGCAGGUGGUCAACAACAGCAACAACUCACACAGCAGCAACAACAGCAAAUACAACAACAACAGCAAACACAACCUGCUAACACUGGCAAAAUACUCACAGGCGAUUUGGAUAGCUCUCUUAUGUCGCUAGUCGAUAAUCUCAAUAUAAAUAAAUCGAGCACUGCAAAACCUGUGCAAUGGAAUUCACCGAAAAAUACCGCGAAACCCGGUGCUAAUUGGACACCUCAACCAAUGGCGGCUACAACUGGUGCAGGCUAUCGUCCAAUGGCACAUGGCAUGACAGUAAGUCCUGCGCCAAUCACAAUCCAAAACCAUCCGUAUAUACACGCUAGUUAUCCUGUUAUACCAAAUUAUAUGCAGCAGGGAAUGCCGGUGAUGGGACAACCUAUGAUGGGCCAAGCCCCUUUGACUGGGGUGCAACCGACGAUGGCGCCAAUGAUGGCAGCGGCGCCGCAAAGUCUACACAGUAGUGCGAUAACAAUGCAACCGCUGCAACAGCAGCAACAUAAUGGCGGCAGUAAAGGAGCGCCACUCGAUCCAUUCGGUGUAUUAUAAGAUGGCUAAUAUGUUGGUCCCCAAGAACAACAAAACAACUAUGUAAAACAACCCAACUAUAAGCAGCAGAAGCAGCACAGCUGUUGCACUGAUAGUAAUAUAAGGCCAUCCAACAAAAAAAAAAAAAAUGAAAAAA